AUGGCUUCUACGCACAUGCUCCGUCAAACCAUCAUUGUCAAUGAGGGCGACUCUCCAUUGGCAUACAAGGCCAGGGAAGUCACUAAUCCAGUGAUGCAGUAUGUCAGUUUCUUCGACAACAACUUUGAGCGCAAGCGAAAGGUUGAAGUUUGGAAUGGUGCAAGUGGAAAGAAUGUUGAACCACUCCUCAGGUCCAUUCAAUCCUUUCGCAACAUCUCUUCAGAGUGGGGACUCAAUCAGGGUCGUCAAAAGAAGGCCUUGUUCAAGCAAUUCCUCACUGCUGAACCGCACAUGACCUAUCAGAGGAUUUCUGAUGCUCAUGGGAACUCAGUUCAGGACUUUGAAGAUUCUGUCGAUGAAUUCAUUUGCAAAUACAGUGGUGAAAAUCCAAAGUAUCAGGCGAACAUGUAUCUCUUUGAUACUUCCAACCACAUUCGCAAACCGUAUAAUACUGAAAUUGGAAUUCACGCAAAUCGCUUGAAAACUCUAUUUAUGUAUCAUGAUAUGCUUCCUAGAAAUUGUUCCAACGUGAACAAUGAGAACGAUCCGGGUCAAAUUCAGAAGAGAAAGCUGGCGGUAGAGGCCUUCACCAAAAUCGUUUUGGUGGUGGUCGUGGGCAUGGUCAACCAAGCAAUGGUUAUCAACCAUAUCCAAGACCCUCAAACUCUCCAAGAUAUUCUCAACGGAAUUCACAAAGUUUUCAACGUGGAGGCAAUUCCCAGCAACAAAACCAAGGACGAUUUCAGCCAGGACACCCCAACAUUGGUGACAGAGGCCGUGGAUUCAAUGGCCAGCACAGUGGACGCUCCCAAACUGGCCGCUUUCAGCCAGGACGAAACUAUCAAGGCAGAGGCCAAUCACAGCAACAACAAAGUCAAAACUACUAUGCUGAGUGGCACUACAAUCAAGAAGCUGAAAGCUGUGCUGCGGAAGGCAGCAUUCCUGAAUGGAACCAAGACGGAAUGUCUUAUGGUGGAAUGCCAAGUGCCGAGCAGUACCAGCAUCAGGAACAAUAUUAUCAAGCUGAACAAAAUCAGCAAUGGAAUGUUCAAUUCAACUGUGAACAAGAAGAAUAGUAUCCUGAAGAACAGGAGGCACAGGAAGAUUCGCCGUUUUCCUUUCAUGAAGAGCAUUACUGACCCAAAAAUACUUGUAAACUAA